GUGAUAUUUAGUGCACUUCGGCACAUUCGGGGCUGUGUUUUGUGCUCAACGUGAUAAUACGCGUAUAGGCACAAAGAGAAUAGCCGAACGCUGAGACACGUAAUUUAUCGAAAUUAUAAGCCACAGAUGAGCAAGAAUUUUUAUGACUACAUAUUCGUUUAUUCGGCGCACGGCAUGUAUCAUAUUGCUUGGCUCGCAAAACUGGAGCAAGGAUCGCUCGUUUCAGGGUGCCCCUAGCCCUGUCAUGAUACCUGGAAUCCUGACUGGUGUCGAGAAAUCGAUUCGGGACCCUUUUUAGAAUAGCCACUUUGUCGGCACAGAAACGUCACUUAUCUAGAAGGGCUACAUGUAGGGAGCGGUUCGUUCUGGUAUCCGGGGUGCUCGGGAAGUGAUUAAAACAGUUGCUAGGCCCCGUGCUUAGUGUUCUCGAGGAUAGGCGAAU